AUGUCUACCCUGCCAGACGAUACACUACGAAAGAUCUUGGUCCAGAUUCAACAGACCGCCGUUCAGUCACAACGUGCUCUCAAUAUUUCUCGACAGCAAUCUGCCUCGAAAGACCGAGAGCGAAGAAUUCUCCAGCUCACCAUUGAUGAGAUCCAAGGCAUCGAAGGAGAUGUCAACUUGUACAAGGGCGUUGGCAAAAUGUUCAUGAUGGUCCCCCGGAAAACGAUGGAGCAGGAAUUCAAAAGCCAAGAGAAGGAGCUAACAGAUGAUAUCAAUAGUUUGAACAAGAAGGCAAAAUAUCUUGAGAAGCAAUUUAACGACGCACAAUCUCAGCUGCGCGACAUUUUCCACCAUAGCCCCAAGCAAUGA